AUGGCACCAAAACACUGCCUUUGCCAUUCCAAACUUGGAGUCAGCCAAGGCGGGAUCGAAAUAUCUGAGAUCUUCAAAGAGACGAAUGAGCCUUUGAACGAGCAAAGUGUAACUGCACUUCUUCCUAUUCAUUUCCUAAGACAUUCCAAGAUCAUAAUAUGGUUGUCGGACGAUAAUAUGGAGCAGAUGCCGAUGUGGUGCCCACCAACACCUCCAACGACGGAUAACGAUGUUUACAUCGACUACUCGUUGGGAUUCCUUUAUGAGAACACCCCUAUGUCGGAGGCCCAGUUACCACCAGUAUACAUUAAAAAGGAACAAAAAAGGAGUAGGGCUGAUGCCGGAAUUAGCGAUCGUGAUGGACGACGCGCGGUUAAAAUGCGACACAAAGAAGAGUCUGUUUACGCGCCGAGAUCAUUGUUUGAUCGGCCAUCACCGGCGCUCAUGAAAAUGCGUCGUGAUAUGAAAUUGCACAAGCAUCGUGCAAUUGUUCGUCCACCGAUUCCACUACCAGGCAUAAAGCCGUCGCACGUAUCGAAAUCUUCUACAGAUCAAGAGCAUGUCUUAGAUUGGAUGAUACACGAAGACUGGGCCCUCCUUCAAGCAAUUCAGAUCUAUCAAGGAUUGCCGUUGAAUCUAAUGAUUUUGUCGCCUGGACACACGCCCAAUUGGGAUCUGGUUGCAGACAUAGUGAACAAUACUUCUCGGAUAUACAGGUCCCCCAAACAGUGUAGAAGCAGAUACGAAUCGGUUAUAGUACCGAGAGAAGAAGGGAAGUUACUCUACGAUACCACACCGAAAAAACAAAAGAAACAGAAAGGCGUUUAUAAGAUGCCUCAAGUGUCCGAGCAACAAAGUAAAACUAACAGACCAAUGAAAACCUCCCAGUUAUAUAAUCAGGAUAAAAAUCAUUCGUUUACGUUAAUGUGCUGUCAGAGGUUCGAUACCAUAAAAUCUGUGUCCAAUAAGAGAACACCCACCGUUAAACCGUUACUUGUUAAUCCGUUGAUGAAGAACCCUACCAACGCAGCAGUUUUAGCUGAAUGUGGCAUUCAGUAUGAUAAUCCAUUAGCCCCCAUAGAAGUUGCGACAAGGCGUGCUGAUAGGAUCGCGAAGGAAAAACUUAAGCAUGCUGUAUUAACGGCUGAACAGCAGCAACAAGUAGCCGCUCGGUUACUGCAACAGCAACAGCAGCAGCAGCAGCAACAGCAAGCUCAACAACAGCAAGCUCAACAACAACAACAGCAGCAGCAUAUCAGUAGUCCCCAAGUGCAUCAGUUGACUCAGGUCGUCACUACUGUUGCAACGACAGGGUUGACAACUAUGAAAACAGUUACAACUAUGACGACAAACGUUACCACAUGCGGCACAACGGUUGCUGCUUCGACAGUCAAAACUCGGCCAGGUGUAACAUUGACCAUGCAAGAUGCAAGGACAACACCGACGGUUGUUAGCGUAGCCAAUCUUCAAGCUGCCCAAAGAAUUGCAACCGCGAGUUUAGUGUCCGCUGCACAGAAUUCGCCGGCAGCCACUCAAAAGGGUAUUGUUGGGGUCACCGUGGCAACUGCUUCUGGUAGUAAAACGCUGACUGCUGCACAACUACAAUAUUACAGACAACAACAAGUUCUUCUGCGACAACAGCAGUUGAAGGUAUUGCAGGCACAGGCUGCGAGUGGUCAGAAAGUAUCGGUGGCGGUUUCUGCUGCUGCCGCACAGCAGAGAGCUACGUUGAUGAAACAGGGUCUAGCUGCUGGCACUGUUACUCAAGCGUCUGUUGGAAAGCAGACCGUGGCACGCACGGUAUCAGAAACUGAGAUGGCCGCCCUGAUCAAGCGACAAGCGUUGCAACAGCAAGCGAAAGCCGUAGCUCAGGUACAAGUACCUGCGCAAGCCGGUCUCACGCCGGCACAAAUAUUCGCACAAGCUGGUUUACAAGUACAGCAAGCCGGAACUUCCGCUAGUGGCACGCCUGUCGCUACUUUGGUGAAAGCUGCGAACGUUGGUGUCCGUACCGCGACACCUCAGCAAAUCCGUCAACUUGCUCUGCAUCCCCAAAUUAUCACUCAAAGAAAAUUGCCGGCGCAAAAGGUGGCUCAGCUGACAUACAACAAGUGA